UGGUUCAGGUAAACGUCUACACUCUUGUCUCUUGGCGUGCACACGGGAAACAGCCUAUAGAGAGAGAUACCUGUACAGAUAUACUCGAAAAUACACAAAACUCAACAAGUUGUUUGGCUGUGAACUGUGAACGUUAUAAACAUUUUUUGACGAAUUUUAACUUGUUUUUAAUGCGGAUUAGUUAUUCUGUAUUUUCGUCUGUUCCGCAACAAGAUUUUAGUGCCGUGUACUAAUUCCAAAUGUGUAAUGUGUAAAGUGAAUGUGAUUUCUCCGACAAAAGUUUAAAUAACCUUAAUAUUUAUUUUUCAUCAAUUGAAACAAUCUGCAGUAAUACUCCACUUCCAAGUUUUAGCCAAAUUCCAUCUACUAACUUUAUAUAUUUCAAUUUAUUGUGAUAAUAUGUUAUUGUUGUAAACUUUCAUGUGCAUCAAAGUGUAACUGACAUACCUGUUAAGGUUAAGUUAACAAAAAAUCUGUGAUCUAAUUUUAUUAACUGUUUAAAAAGAACCAUACAUUCUUUUUUAAAAUCACUUAAUAAAACUCUUAAAACAUCCCGGAUUCCAGUUUAUAACGGAAUCUUCUUUUACCUGAAUCAAACAGGUGUCACGUGGCAAAAUGUCGGAUUGUUUAUAAUUAGUUUGUAAAUAUGUCAUGCUAGUUCGGUUUUUUCGAAAAGAAAUUGCAGAUGAGUAUCAAGGAUUUAAAUAUGAUCGGGCCCCAUUACAUAUGUGUGUUGUAUGUAACGACAGCGGGUCUCCAGGGACCCUCGAUGGGAUCUGAUGAAAAAGAAAUAGUUCUUCUUAUUUAUGUGAUAGUCGAAGUUAUUCAGAAUAAGGUGAUAGCAGUGCAACAGUAUCCAGUAAGGCCUCAGGUGGCAGAUAUUAACGCAAACAUUCUCUCGACUGAAGUUAUCUCAGAGUCGGGUUUAACCGACGAUUUCAUUAAAGGAUCCGGCCGACAGCUCGAAGAGGUCAUUGGUAGUUUCGAUCUCUUUUGCAAUAGUUUACAUAUUGAUCCCAAUAAUUCUGGAUUUAGGAUAGUAACCGAUGGCCAACUUCCGUUACGACAGUGCCUGCAUCGGGAAGCAUAUAGGAAAGAUUUAGAUCUGCCACCUUAUUAUAGCACAUUCCAUGACCUUAGGAAAGAAGUAGCCAAACAUGUGGGAAGGACGGAUGAUCCGCCUCAGACAGUUUCUUCAAUGUUAGAAUAUUUAGAGAUGGAGCCCGAUCUUGAUGAAGCAUUUUAUAAGAAAGAAGCUAAAGAUAUGGUUAAUGUUGUACAAAGACUCAUUUCACUGGGUCAUAGAUUUGAUAUACCUGAAAAUAUAAAUAUUGCACUGGAGCCUGGCAUAUGUUCAAAAGACGAUGAGAUUGACAGCAAUUGCGUGGUAAGAGCUAGAGGAUUACCGUGGCAAAGUAGUGAUCAAGAUAUAGCAAAUUUCUUUAGAGGAUUAAAUGUCGCAAAGGGUGGUGUAGCUUUGUGUUUGUCAGCACAAGGACGACGAAACGGUGAAGCUUUAGUGAGAUUUGUUAGUCAAGAACAUAGAGAUAUGGCGUUGAAGAGGCAUAAGCACCACAUUGGUACUCGAUGGAUAGAAGUGUAUAGGGCUAAUGGGAAUGACUUCCUUGCUGUCGCAGGUGGCUCUAGCUGUGAGGCGCAGGCGUUCCUUUCGAAAGGGGCUGUUGUUAUCAUUCGGAUGAGAGGGUUGCCGUAUGAUUGCACGGCAAAACAAGUAUUGGACUUUUUCGCCAGUGGCGAAAACUCGUGUACGGUUUUGGAUGGGGUGGAUGGAGUUCUUUUCGUAAGAAAACCUGACGGACGAGCGACCGGAGAUGCGUUCGUACUAUUCGCAACCGAAUCGGAUUCCCCCAAAGCUCUCUCCAAACAUAGGGAAUGCAUAGGUUCUCGAUAUAUCGAAUUAUUUAGGUCGACAACUGCUGAAGUGCAACAGGUUCUGAAUAGGUCACUAGAUCCAAAGACGUACGAACAACAAGCGCCGCUAAUUGCUCAAAUACCACAGGUGCCUUUAUUGCCACAACAAUUAAUUACUUCUGGGACCAGAAAAGACUGUAUUAGGUUAAGAGGACUGCCGUACGAAGCGCAAGUGGAACAUAUUUUAGACUUUUUAGGAGACUAUGCUCAAAAUAUCGUUUUACAAGGCGUUCAUAUGGUUAUAAACGCUCAGGGUCAACCUAGCGGUGAAGCUUUUAUACAAAUGGACUCUGAACAUUCGGCGUUUAUGACAGCACAACAAAAACACCAUCGAAAUAUGGCGUUUGGGAAGAAACAACGCUAUAUCGAAGUGUUUCAGUGUUCCGGUGAGGAUAUGAAUCUCGUACUAACAGGAGGAUUACCCGCACCUGUCUCACCAGCCAAAGCAGCUCCAGCACUUCUAAGUCCUGGUGGUAAUAUUUUACCGACAGCCUUCCAUCAUGGGCCGAACUUCCAGCCAUACCCGCCGGUACAGUUAGCUGCUGCAGCAAUGGACCCUCGCCAGUAUAUGCCGCCACAAAUAUUUUACUGGCCUUAUCCCAGUCCUCCAGUAUCACCAACGAAUUACUACCCAACAAUACCUCCUCCGGGUGCUUUACCCCCACAGCAAGCCCAACAACAAAUGAUACCACCAGAAUGUGCUCCUAUGCAACAGCUAGCACCUCUACCGAUUGAUCCCAGACUUUUGGCAGAAGUAUACAGACAUCAGGAAUCUGAGAAAGAUACCAGGACGAAUCUUUCCCUUAAUCAAUAUGUCGAAAUUAUAAUAUAGUUGAUAGAAAUAUCAAUAUUAGGUGCUCGUACCAGAGACCUGUAACAGUUAAAUAUUUAAAUACAGUGAGAAAAAACGUACUACGGUUAGACUUUGUAGAUGAGGAUAUUUAUUUUCUAUAAUAUAACUUUUCUUUAAGUCAGAUUGUAAAAGUAGAGGCAAAUUUUCAAUACGGCGAUUUAAAAUUAAGGUUGCUUCAUAUUUAUAUUUCAAAUAUAUACUGAAAAUAAUAAAUGAUGAUAGUUUUAACGAAGAUAGUGCGAUGAGAAGAUUGGCCAAUGACCAAUGUUAUAAACAAUUGCCUAAUAUUAGCUGUUUGUUACUCAAUAUUAGUUUCUCAUUUGAUAAGUACAAAAUUGAAUUUCAUUGAAAUUCUCUGAUUGUUUGAUUUCAUCUUUUUUAUUACCAUGCAUCACUAGGUAUUACUUAAUGUUUGGAAUACUGGAUUUACAGACAAAAAUUAUAAGUGAUAAAAAUAUAAUUCAGUCACUUUAACAUUUUUGUUAUGUCAUUAUUACGACGCAGAAAGUUAGAGCAGAUGUUUUGACAUCCAUCAUAUAUGUGGUGAUUUGAUAAUUUCCCUUUUUGAUAUUUUUGUUGUAGUGUGAGAACCAAAAGUGAGACCAAAUGGAGAACACAUUUACUAAAUGUCUCCCCCAUACUGUGAGUUUUUGGUCACGUUUGUACACAAUUUUUUUGUCCACUGCUUACAUGAAUAUAUCUGCUAAUAAUGAAGAUGCCUCCUAUUAAAAUAUAUUUGAUGGGAGACAGAUGUAGGAGCUAUCUCUGACGAAAAAUGAAAUAUCAAUUUUAACGAGGGAAAUUUAAAGAAUAUAUAAUAAUAACAAUAAUAUUAACAAUGAAAUACGAAACAAUUAAUUAAAUAAGUAACUAAAUAAGGUCAUAAUAUGUUAAAAAUGUUACUUACUUUUCCAAAUAAGAACAAAGAAAUAAGCAAAGACUCAAUUGAAUCGAAUAUUCCGAAUUCAAGACAUUUACGUUUAUACUAGGCCGUUUAAUAAGUUUUGCGGUUUCGAUAAGAAAAACACAAUAACGCAUCUUCUACUGUACUAAUUGAAGGCGAAAAGUCCUUAUACAGUCUUAACAUUCAUUCAUAAAUUUCCUUUGCUUUUAAAUCUUCCAAAAAAUAAAAAUUCAAUUACUGCACAAUACUUGAAUGGUUUCAUUGUAAACAAGCUGAAAAUGAGAGCAUUAUCAUAACGAAAAAUUUGUUUAUUUACGUAUUUUAAUUCAUAAUAUGGAAAAUUGCUGUUAUGAAAAGUUGUUUAGAAUUAAACAUUAUGUUUUAAUGUGCAAUUAUAUCAUUCUAAUUUAAAUGUUGUGGACUAUAAAGAUACUUUACUCUUGAUCGAAAUUAAUAUUUUAUAUGUACCUCGUAUAAAAUUAAUAAAAUUUGAUAUAUGAUGGUUGCAUCAUAAAUCUUAGACCAUGAAGAGAUUUUUAUAAAGAAUACAUUUUCUUCAUCAAAUUAAAAAUAAAAGGGUUAUAAAUGAAAAUGUUGUUGGUAUCCAUAAUUUGAGAAAAAUGUUCAAAUAUUUUUUUCCAGUAGAAGAAUGUAAUUGCACAUAUCAGAUCAUAAUUGUUUAUUCCAAACAACAUUUCAUAUUAUAGUCGGUUCGCUAAACUCAGACACAACUUGCUAGUGAUUUUAGUCAGUAAUUUUGCCAAUUUGCCAAAAAAAUAACUAAAUAGUUAAUAAUUACUAAAUAAUUAGUAAUUUUGCCAAUUUUGGCAAAAUUGUCAAAAAACAAAAAAAAUUACCUACUAAAAUCACUAGCCAGUUGUGUCUGAGUUUAGUGAACCGACUAUAGGGCUUUUCAUCGAUUGUCAUUUGUUUCGAGCUUCUGUCAUGUGUCACAUAAUAUUAAUAUAUCUACGCCAUACGUCUUUGGUUUGUAUCAUUGUUAUAUACCAAUAACGUAUGACGUAGAUAUAUUAAUAUUAUGAGACACAUGACAGAAGCUCGAAACAAAUGACUGUGAAUGAAAAGCCCUAUAAUAAUAAUUUUCAUUUCAUAACAAAUGGAACAGUCCAUUUAUCAUUAGUUACUCCCAUUAAAGGGGAGGACGUAUACUCGUAUGAACCUUUUUAAAGUUGUUAAUAAAUUAUUGCUUUCAAAAUAUGUAUACUCAAAUUGUAUUUUUGAAAAUCUUAUUUAUUUUAUAUAAUAACUAAAUUCACUAUCAAAUGUCAUUGAUAUUUUAUUAAUACUUAAUUUAAAAUUUAGUUUCACAUUCACGAAGUGUCAAACUCAAAUGUAAAUACCUAACCUAUGCUUUGCUUAACAAAUUCAGAUUAAAAAAACUAGCCUACUUACGAAGCUGACUUUUAGUGUGUCGGCAGAAAAUAAAAGGAUUGUGACGUCACAUUUUAGACUUUCAGGUCGAUUAUCUGGAAAACGGUUGGAGAUAUCGAAAUGCCGUUUUCAGAUUUGGAUUCAGAAGAAAAAACUACAUGGGAAUCCAUCGAUAAAUCUGCUCUAAGUAUUGCAGGAGCGGCAACGCACAGACUUUGCGAAUUUAUAAACGAAAAGUUUUCGUUGAAAAUACUGUGACAUGUCGAUAAUAAAUAGCUUGUAAACAAACAAUGAAUUAACAGAUUGAAAUGAAACUUAACACACGUUUAUAUGAAUAGUGUAUUAACAUCACAAAAAAAUUAGGCUAGUAGAAACGCCCUCUAUUAUUAAACCGCGAAACUUAUUGAACAGUGAUAAUAAUUCGAAAGGAGAAAGAUGACUUAUAAAGGAAUUAGUUUUGUGUUUAUUAUACGUCACUUUUCUUUAUAUUGAAACAUGCAUUUUAUAAGAAAAAAAGGUUGAAUUUUCUGCAUUCAUGAUUCCUGAUACCUAUUUUUAGAUUGUUUUAUUGCCACUGAGGCUUUGCGGAACGUCAUCGUGGGAGAAAAUACUGAAAAUACUGUAUAACCGAGAGAGAACUUUAUAAAUAUUUAUAUAGUCUUCAGAUUGCAAUCUAUUUGUGUUUUAAGUAUUAAGAUCUCCACGUUUCUCUAUUAUUAAGCCUCAGUCUAAGAGCAAAUUUGAUUAAAUUUUAAAGGAAACGGAAUGCUCUCUAAGCGUUUGAAAUAGUAGAUAAAAUUAGAAAAAAAAAACUCACGGCUUUUAAGAUUUAAUAUUCUUACGAAUUUAUUUGUCUAUGCAAAUUUGAAACGGAACAAAAACCACUUUUCAUUAGCAGAAAUAGAAACAAUUCAAAGUUUUAUUUCCGAAGAAAAUAAAACUUUUAAUGAGACCAAAUUUCUGGUUGCGCCUUCGCGGUUCCUAUUGCUUGCAACCCAUACGAAUGUUGAUUUAAAGAAGACUAGGGGAUUUCUAUAAUUUGCACCUUACUUUUCAUCUAUUCAAUGUGGCAAAAUUACAACGAAAAUAUGGUCUCUAUACUAAGUUAAGAGUAGAACUAAUACAGUAUGCGACAAAAUAAACAGUACUGAAAUCAAUAUUGAAAUGUUUAUGAUUAUUUAUAUAUCUGGCACCUAUACAUGGUACAGCCUUGCAAACAUUAUUCACGACGACGCACGUUCUCGAUAAAACAAAUGUUAAAGAUGGCGGAUCUACGGAGAGGGAAGAUGAGGAAAUUCCCUCUCCCUAACAAGGUCCAAAAUUAAAGAAAAAUAAUUGUUCAAACAUAAAAAUAUAUUAGCUGACAUGAAACCGAAACCACAGAAAGACAAAUUCAACCCAAUAAA